AUGUCUCGUUUGAUAGUGAAAGGAUUGCCACAAUAUUUGACUGAGGAUAAGUUGAAGCUGCAUUUCGACAAGCACGGAGAUGUGUCGGACAUCAAGUUGAUGAAGAAGAGAAACGGGGAAUCCCGGAGAUUUGCAUUCAUUGGAUACAAGUCUCCUAGCGAUGCCGAAUCAGCAGUAACCUAUUUCAAUAAUUCUUUCAUAGACACCGCCAGGAUCAGUGUGGAGGUAGCCAAAUCAUUUGCUGAUCCCACAGUGCCUAUGUCGAUGAAAGACCAGAGAAAACAGCAAUAUGAAAGAUUAAUGGUCAGAGAAGAAAGAUUAUUACAGCAAGAGGAAGAGAGAAAGCUCAAGAAACAAAGAAUAAUCAGAUCAAAGGUCGACGACCAGAUCGAGAAGAACCCCCAGUUGAAGGAGUUUGUGCAGGCUAUGAAACCUUCGAGCCAAACCAAAUCGUGGGCAAAUGACGAUUUGGCUGAUGGUUCUGGAGGUCCAUCGGUGAAAGCUUUGGAGGAGGCAUUGGCCAAACAAGACCAAAAUGACCGUGAAGUCCCUUCUUUUGAGACUAUGAGUGAUACCAAGGUCAAGGAAAACGAAAGUGAUGCUGAAUAUGAUGACUUUGCACCUAAGGGAACUGAGGUAGAUGAAGACGACGAGGUAAUGAUGCCUUUGAACACUUUUAACAAAGAGUUACCAGAAAAAGAGAUGAUUCCAAAUGAAGAAGAUGAAAUUGCAAAAGACGAAAAGGUCACUGAUCUUGAAUGGCUCCAACAAAGAAGAAUCCGGAUGAUAGAAAAUAGAGAGAACCAGAUAGAGUCCAAGCCCGAAGAAAAGCAUGAUUCUGCCAAGGCACCCUCAAGAACCAAACCUUCAGUUGAUCCUGAAGUUGAAACUCAUACGAACCACGUCCAAAAAAUCAAUGAGACGGGCCGUUUGUUCAUAAGAAACAUCUCGUACACAUCCACUGAAGAAGAGUUUCGUGAAUUAUUUGCAUCUUACGGAAACCUUGAAGAGGUUCAUGUUGCUAUAGACACAAGAACGGGGAAAUCCAAGGGAUUUGUGUAUAUUCAGUUCACUAAUCCCGAAGAUGCUGUAAAAGCCUACGAAGUGCUAGACAAAGAGAUUUUCCAAGGAAGAUUGUUGCAUAUCUUGCCGGCAGAAAAGAAAAAAGAUCAUAGAAUGGACGAGUUUGACUUGCAAAACUUGCCGUUAAAGAAGCAAAGAGAAUUAAAGAAGAAGGCCCAGGCCGCCAAAACCCAGUUCAGCUGGAAUGCAUUAUAUAUGAACCAAGAUGCUAUAUUGGAGUCUGUUGCUGCUAAAAUGGGAGUUGCUAAGAGCCAGUUGAUCAAUGCUCAAAGCUCUGAUUCCGCAGUAAAGCAAGCCUUGGCAGAAGCCCAUGUUAUCGGAGAUGUUAGAAAGUACUUCGAAUCCAAGGGAGUUGAUUUGAUGAGUUUCAACAAGAAAGAAAGAGACGAUAAAGUCAUCUUGGUGAAGAACUUUUCAUUUGGAACCACUCUUCAAGAACUUGGAGAAAUGUUCUCUCAGUACGGAGAAGUUAAGAGAAUGCUUAUGCCUCCUGCUGGGACCAUAGCUAUUGUAGAAUUCCGUGAUGCCCCAAGUGCAAGAAGCGCUUUCACCAAAUUAGCAUACAAAAGGUCAGGAAAAAGCAUUUUGUACUUGGAAAAAGGACCUAAAGACUUAUUCACUCGUGAGGCCACUGAACAAGAGGCUGUGGAAGUCAAGGAAGAGUCAACUGCAGUGGAAGCCAAAGUCUCUGCUAAGGACAUUCUCAUGGAAGAAACCAAGCCCCAAGACGACGAAGAAGUGGUAGCUGAAACCGACGGACCAACAGUCUCUGUGUUUGUGAAAAACUUGAACUUCUCCACCACCACUGAACAGUUGGCAAAGAUUUUCAAGUCUUUACCUGGUUUCGCAGUUGCUCUAGUCAAAACUAAACCCGAUGCAAAGAACCCAAAUUCGACCUUAAGUAUGGGGUUCGGGUUUGUCGAGUUCAGAACCAAAGAAGAUGCCAACAAAGCUAUUUCUCUUAUGGAUGGCCAUGUUUUGGACGGGCACAAGUUGCAAUUGAAGUUGUCCAACAGAACUGGUGCUACUUCUGGCAAAAAGACCAAAGGUGGAAAGAAAUCUACCAAGAUUAUUAUCAAGAAUUUGCCAUUUGAAGCCACCAGAAAAGAUAUCAUUGAGUUGUUUGGGGCCUUUGGACAGAUCAAGUCUGCUAGAGUUCCCAAGAAGUUUGACCGGUCUGCCAGAGGAUUUGCAUUUGUGGAGUUUAGCUUAUUGAAAGAGGCAGAGAAUGCCAUGAACCAGUUGGAAGGAGUCCAUUUACUUGGUAGAAGAUUGGUGAUGGACUAUGCUGAGAAGGCAGCCGAAGAUGCUGAUGCCGAGAUCGAAAGAAUGACAUCUAAGGUCAAACAGCAGUAUGCCACACAACAGUUGGCUGCUCAAAGAUUAGCCGGACAGGGAAAGAAGUUGGACCUUGACGAAGACGAAGCUUCUGAGUUUUAG